AUGUCUGAACAUCAUCAAAUUUAUUCCGCUAUUGAUUCGCUGUUUGCAAACCCUUCCGAUGUGCACGAGAGAAAGAAUCUACACUCAUUUGUCAAAGACGAUAAAGAAAAAGUGGCGUUGGCAUACCGAUAUUGUAUAGAUGAAUAUUCAAGUAAAUUGGAAAAUGCUUUUGACGAUGAUGCUAAAUCGUCUGUAUGCUAUGGUGCUUCAAUGAUAGCACUGAUUUGCUUGGCUACUCUCAAAAAGGCUGAUCUGUCAACAAUAGAUGACAUCUUUGAAAUUGUAAAUACUAAAGGCUUUUGUAUUUGUGUGGAUGGGUGCAUCCGAGAAAAAAACACCAAGUACAUUAAAUUACUAAAAUCAUUUCUAACCACUCUCCAAACAAUAGCGAAAGAAGGAAAGUGUGCACGAUCAAUGGAAAAUAUUUACGAAAUUCAUCAACUCGUCAUGAAUUUUUUUGAAGAAAUGGAGUGCAAUAAUAAUAACAAAGCAUCCUCAUCAGACGUAGAUUUCGAUAAGGAAGUUGAAUUAUCCAUUGUAGCUUACACAGAUUUUCUAACAUCUGUUUUUACUGAAGACUCUUUCGUAAAUGCAAACGACAAUUUUAUUUUCAAGUAUCUACUAAUGUGUAAAAGCCUAUUUCAUCAGGGAUUGACCAACGACAAAUAUAACGGUGCAUUUAUCCAUCUAUUCGUCCAAUUACGCUCAGCAGUUUUAUUGAUCCAAAACUACACAGAAAACCGAAGGAAACAAAAAUCGACUGAGAUUAAAUUGGACAUUUUGCGAGAUGUAAUUGCAGAAAUUUGUGAUUCUCUACAAACAAAGAAAAACACUACAAGAAAAGGUAUACAAAUGCUAGUUUACAUAGUUGGAACAUAUUUACCCUUGUUGGGUGAGCAAAAGGAGCUUAUUCUUAGGUCUAUUAUUGUAUCAAAAACCAAAACAUUGUUUAUGCCUAGAAAAUCUAACUUAGUACAGGAGACAAAUGAACAAUGUGACCAACUAUUUCUAAUGAUACCUUUUGAGGACAAUAUUCUGGAUAACAAUCUAACAAUCAAAUCAACAACGACAGAUCCAGAUGUACUACAUGCCACCUCAAAAUCAACUCUUCUUACCUUAUAUUUGAAAAAUUGUUCAGAAAACAGUCCAGUAAUCAGCAAAUUUAUGGAAGCCCUUAUUAAGCAAAUCAAAUUUUGUGAUACUAUGCUAUUGAACGAUACUGUGGAUGGACUUCCUUUGUACCAUCAAAUAUUCACGUCUUUUUGUGAGCUUUUAAUGAAAAAUAAGUUCUCUAAUUGGUUUUCAGAGAUACAAAUCGUACUUUGGAGAGAAUUGUUCGACGUAUCGAACCCAGAUAUAACAAGAGACUUGUGUAUGGAUAUUCUUGCAUUUCUAUUUAAUAAUAAUUCAGGAUUCCAACAGAAUUAUCUGGAUCUUUUGAAGGAGCUCAUACAAACCAUGUCGUUCAAUUUAUUUUUGUGCCCACCAGAGCUGAGGAUAGCAGAUACCUCGAAUCAAGACGAUGUGGAGCUUGAAUGGAUGAUAGCAGAAAAAGUAUUGAGGCCUUUUAUUAACAAAUUGAAUAUUAAUGAUAUUGGAAGUCUCAUUGACUUGUCCUAUGAUCGUCUCUCAGAUGAACGAAUUAGUCAAGCAGCUCUUUUACCAAUUAAUAUGUUAUGUCAAAACUUAGAUACUCUAUUCGAAAACGGAAGCAAAAUUCUAAAUCACUGUGCGCGCAAGAUUGCACAUUCCACAUUUCAGCCUAUUAAUGUUGCCUAUGCUGCAAUUUUGAGGAGCAUUAUUACAUUCAAACCUGUUGCUUUUAAGCAAGGAAAGGGUAUAAUUUCUCUCAUGUUACUUGCACAUACCAAUCUCUCAGAUGCAGGAUUUUCAGAUAGAUAUAUUGAGGAGGCCAUCCUUACAGCAGCACAAAUACUUCGCAAGGUUGAGAACCUCCUUGAUCAUUUGGAAGACUUGAUAGAAAUUAUUGAUUGUUUAAGACAACACUUUUGGCCAAAAUCAGAAAGGAUUAGAAUGUGCAUUUGCUACUUGAUUGACACUGUUUCAGACAAAUGUACAGAUGCUGUUGAACCAAAGCUGUGGACAUGUUUAAAAGCAUUUUUUGAAGUGGCACUGUCAGCAGGAAGUGUCUCCCAAGUACUAUUGAUACAUGCCAUCGUCAAUUUUAUUUUAACCAAUCCCAAGUCAGUAGAUACCAUACUUGCAUUCCUGCACUCAGAUAUGAGGCCUGUGAUUGACAACAUUCUUUCAUUAAUUAAUCAAGGACAAAUCAAAGGAAACUCAAUAUUGCCUGAACAAUGCUCCAUCGAUGUACAGAAUGAAAAAUCAAAGCAAGCCAUGUCAAGAAAAAGGCAAACCACAGCCUACACGACAUCACUUCAAAAAGUUAAACCAAAUAUUAAGACAAUUCAAACAAUUAGUAUUGUUGAUCAGGUAGCUCAAGUUCGAAAAGCGCUUACUGAUUUGCUAGACGUCAACAACAGCACGUCACCAGCUGAAACCACCUCUGCAACCUUAUUGCAACAAUUAGAACCCCAUUUAAAAGAUAUUAGCGAAAUUACUAGCAAGUUGUUCAAAUAA